AUGAUUCGAAUGCGGGAUGCCCGAUGGAACCUCUAUCACCCUCUGGACAGCGAAGAAACUUCGUCUGAGAACCUGGUCGGCUUCGAUGCGGAUCUGGACCCAUAUCGACCUCGAAACUGGCCAUGGCGGAAGAAAAUCACGACGGUCAUGCUUUACGCCACAACAACGACGACAUCCACUUUCUCCUCAAGCGUAUUCUCAACCGCCAUCGUCCCAAUAUCAGAAGCAUUCCAUGUUUCCACGGUCGUGGCUACCCUGGGAAUCUCGCUUUUCCUUGUUGGCUUCGGCGUGGGACCUCUGCUAUGGGCGCCACUAUCCGAACUCUACGGCCGAAAGUUAUCUGUCCUUGUGCCGGUUUUCGUCGGUGGGUGCUUCGCGUUUGGAGGAGGUGCUGCUAAGGAUCUCCAGACCAUUAUGAUCUGUCGUUUUUUCCAAGGACUGUUUUCCAGUGCUCCUAUUUCGAACGCCGGCGGAGUCUUAGCUGAUCUGUACCAGGCAGAUAAGCGUGGUGCCGCAAUGGCUCUUUAUACUGUGUCAAACGUCGGAGGACCCAUGGUUGGACCGCUAAUAGGCGGCGCCCUGUGCAUAAACAAGAGCCUCGGAUGGCGCUGGACACAAUAUAUUAGCGGCAUUUGGGCCGUGACGCAGGUCGUUGUGGGGCUUAUAAUGCUGGAUGAGACGCACGAGGGCACAUUGUUGAAAUGGAAGGCUCAAGAUUUGCGACGUCGAGGCAAUUGGGCACUACAUGCGAACCAUGAGGAGGCUAAAUUCACCGCAUCAGACCUCGCCAGAACCUAUUUGAUCCGGCCACCAAAAAUCCUAGCGACGCCAAUUGGAAUCCUUAUGGCUACAUAUCAGGCCUUUGCAUUCGGCACCCUCUAUGCGUCCCUUAGCGCUAUUCCAAUCAUCUUUCAGGAGGUUCGAGGUUGGAACGAGGUUGUGGGUGCCCUGCCCUUUCUUGCUAUGCUUCUUGGAAUCGUGAUAGGGGCUUCCGCUACCUACUUUAACCAGCCGUUCUACAUGAAGCGGUUGAAGCAGAACGGUGGCAAGCCGGCCCCCGAAGCUCGACUUCCUCCAGUCAUGCUUGGAUCAGUCUUCUUCACAGGAGGGCUUUUUAUGUUGGCUUGGUCGUCGAGCAGGGCUGUGUUCUGGCUGGUGCCAAACAUCGGUCUUGUUUUCGUGGGCUUCGGAUUCCUGACGGUGAUGAAUUCAGCCAACAGCUACGUCGUCGAUACUUUUCAGCAAGUCGCUGCUUCGGCUCUUGCGGCGAACAUCCUCUGGCGAAGCGCUUUCGCCGUGGCUUUCCCGCUCUUCACUUCGCAAAUGUUGCACGCUUUGGGUGUCGGCUGGGGUGUUAGCAUCUUUGGUUUCGUGGCUGCAGCGAUGAUGCCGAUUCCUUUCGUACUGUACAGGUUCGGAGCCAGAAUCAGAGCUAAAAGUGUUGGGUUCGCCCUUGGAUAG